UUCAGGCAGUGAUUAUGGUGCUGAUAGAGAAGAUAAUGAUGACUUCCCAGAUCGCGUACCUUUGACAGACCCUGGACCUUUUAAAUAUAACAGGAAAAUGAUAAUUGUAUCAUUACCAUGUGCAGUGAUGGUUAUGACCUUAGUGGGAGAAAUAUUUUUGAUGGCUGCAAGUUUUGGUGCAGGAGUGAUUGUGAUUCUGGACCCCAAAGGUGAAAAGAAAAGAUGCCUGAUACUGUUCACUCUACUGUUUGUGUUUUGUCAUGCUUUUACCAUCUACUCCAUCCUUCCAUUGUUAUGGUUAUCAUUAUUCAACAUUUUCCUGAUUGGUAUAAUCAACAUGUAUGUAAUACUCACAGGGGGCUUGAUAGCUCUACAGUUCAACUACUUCAGAAAAUAUGAACAAAAACUUUCAUUGACUGUUGAACGUAUGUUAUUUUCUAUGUAUCCAUGGUGUUGUGUGACAUUGUUGACUUGGACAGCAUCAGCUCUCAUUAAAUGGCAGUUGAUUCCAUAUGUCUACCUAGCCAUUGGUUUUGUAUACCUACAGAUGUUUCUCACCCCUCAUACAUCAUCAUUCAAGUCAAUAAAGGAAGAUAAACCUGAUGACUUAGAUCUCAGUGUAUUACCAGAAGUUCUCUCCCUUCUCAUGGCAAUUGUAUAUUGUAUCUCACCAUCUUUGGUACACAUGGUACUUCAUUUCGUCAACGGCCCAUUUAACAACCUGUUCACAUUUACAGUUCUGAUGCAUCUUGUGUUCAUAUUUUCACUGAGUGUUUUCCUCACAUCUUUAAUGAGCCUCAGAGGUAUCUUUGACUACACAGGUUGGAAAUAUGAAUAUGUAGUGUAUGGUAGAAUGAUCAGUGGAACCAUCUGUACAGCACUGAUAUAUCCAGUACUAAUACAUUAUCAACUCUCCUCACAUUUCCUGCCAUGGUUACCAGCUGGGGUUAUUGUGUAUGCCGUGUAUGGAUUCCUCCUCAGUGAUAAAAAGUUCAAGAGUUUGUCAACAUUUUUAUUGCCUGUGCCUUGCAUUUUGUUUGGGUACUGGUUGACGUGGUUACCGUGGAAAAUUAUUUUUAUGCUACAGUUUGGUAUAGAGAUUAAGACAUUGUAUGUUCUACUUCUUGCUAACUGCAUACUGUGUUUUCUGAGUGUAUAUGCAGCAUCAUAUAGCAACCAGAAUGUGUUUGAAUGUCUAGUUAUUGCCGAGAGUGCUGUGUUUACAUUAUGUGAAGUUUUACUCUGCAGUAGAGGACUGUAUCCAAAAUCUUUCCUCAUCAUAACAUCGGCUAUAGUGCUUUAUGCUUUUCACAGGUUAUUCACAUCAAAGAAGUUGUCUCCCUUGACAACAACAGUGAGUUCAUCUGUACAUGUAACAAAGGCAUUGGCUGUAAUCAUUUACUACAUGAUAGGAACAGAAGAUGAGCUGACCAUAUAUAGAUGUGUAACUCUGUAUGUACUGUCUGCUGUCAUUGUCAGAAUUAUCUCCCUUGAGGGACAGUCUGACCACCAAGUGAAAGAUGUAUUGUACAACAUUAUUGCUUUGUGUGUUGCCAUAAUAAUGAACAGCAAUCCCAUACUGCACUUGUUAUGUGUAUAUGUAUUGUGGGAGGAGCCAACCACAACUGAUAUAUUAGGCUUAAGUGUGAUGGUCAGUGGCGUAAGUGUAGUAAUAGUUGGAUCUCUACAGCUACCUGAAAACUCUGUUCUGGCAGCUAGGCAGGUUGGUACUGUUUGUGCCAGCAUGGGGGUCCUUAUUCUUGUGCUCCAACCACAGAUAACCCCAGCAUGGAUGAGCAUACUGCAGUGGGGUGAUUUGGCCAGUGUGGUUCUAGUGGCUUGGGUUUUGUUGUCUAAAAGACAGUUCUCCUUGCAUGAGCUAUACACACUAGCAGCUACAGCUGGUAUAUGCCCUGGUAUACGGAUGUCUAUGCUGCUGUAUACAUACACAGACGAGAGCCAUGUUUGGGCUGCGAUUGGUCGAGGAUUUCUCUAUAUCCCAGCAUGCAUCUGUAUAAUAUCCUUACUGUUCAUUUUCCUAAAAAUAGAUACAGCGCAAAAGGAACUGGAGAAAAAUUUAUUGACAUUAUGCUGCAGCCUUGGGAUUCUUUCCAUCAUGUUACUAUUUUUAGACACAGGACUCCGUGACAAGAAUGAGGCUUUUAUGUCACUUCCUGCUUGGAAACUUUCCCUAGUUACAACAGGACUAGUCAGUUUUUCAUUGAAAAUCCUCUCUACUACACAGGAUCUGUUGAUACCACUUGUAGAAGAGAAAAAAGAGAAGGAAGUGCCGCGUCUUCCAUUUAUAGGAAAUAUAUCCAGUAUUUUAACAUUCCUGCUAGCCUGUAUACAGGCCCCUGUUCAUGGUAUUUUAUAUGACAUUUGGUGUUGCGGUGCAUCAUUGAUCCUGUUGUGUUUACAGAAAGAUAGAAGACUUUUAUACAAUAUAAAACAAGAAAACCAAAUAGUGCCAACUAUAUUCACAUGCAUUGCAAUUUUAUAUAUUUCAAGUAUAGUACACAGUGAUUUAUGGACUUUGGGAGGAUUGUCUUUUGUGCGUUCAAUUGUGGAAAUAUUGUCCCUACUGUCAGUUUUACCAAUGUUUUAUGUACUAUGGGGAAUAUUGUGGAAAUCGAACCUUGUUUUAUCAGAGCAAGUUGUAGUGUUCUUGUUACCAUUAAAUGCCGUGUAUCUGUUAUACGGAAGUUCAUAUACAAGUCAGGCAUUAGCAGUUGUAGGAUUAUAUGCAGGAAUUUGGAUGAUGAUGAUGAAAUUGCCGCUUCAUCCAUACAAGACGGAGUACUGAUCAUCUUGACACAAAUUUAGAAAAAAUCUGUCAAAGAUUACAAGAAAGUGUGUGAAAAAAAGUAUUUUUAAAGGUGACGGAUGGUUUGCAAGAAUGCUGUAGAAUCAAUGCUUUAGAUAACUGCAUAAUGUUGAUAGAACAUUGAUUCAGGAAAUAGUUUAUAGUGUUAACAGUGUGAUAUAAAAAGAGAUGAGAAAAAAAGUUAUGAUAUGUUCGGCAGUGUCAGAGUGAUUUAAAAUGUAAAAAGAUUUACUCGAAGAAAAUUUACAUUAAAUGACUAUAUGGAAACAGUGAAAGAAAUAGUGCUAUCAAGAGAAUAGAUCUGCUUGAAUUGAUACAAAGUUUUUCUAAGCUGUCUUAGUCAAGAAUUAUUUCCCAGUGCUUCGAAAAUUAACUGUUUUAAAAGGAAUGCCCCAACUUUUGCUAGAUAUGUUAUAUUAUCAUAAUUACGAGGGUUGUCCAAAAAAUUCGUGCACUGCAGUUAUUGUCAUGAGAGUUAUUGAUAGAAAAUCAUGAAUUAUAUAUCACUUGAAGGGAAAAUCUGUCUAAAAUAAAAAACAAAAGAAAAAAACGUGUAACCGGCAUGUCGUGAAAACGAAUCGUCAAACAGUUACCUUGGUAACGUAAUACCGGCGCACGACAAAAAAAUUGGUUAGUUAAUUUCUUUGAUGCAUCACGGUAUUCUUUAAACACUACAUAUAAAUGUGAAAAUUCAUGGAAAAGUGUGUGUACGUAUUCCUAACAUCACUUGAAAAUAUUACGUCAUUUGCCCUAUUGUAACGGUCGUAAACGAACAUUUGUGUGUGGUCGUCAAUACUGUAAUUACGUGAAAAUGUCAGUCGCUAAACGUCUGGAAAUGCAGACGAUCAUUAAAUUUUGUGCAAAUAUUGGGAAAACAUCAAUAUAUACCUACAAAGAACUUAAAAGGGCAAGCGGGACAAGUUCAGUGUCACGAAGGCUGGUUUUUAAAUGGCACAAACGCUCUGUAGAAGGGCGAGAGUCGGUAGACGAUGACAACCGGUCCGGCAGAAGUCCGUCCGUAAUGCCGGCGCAUGUGACAAGGGUUGUCCAAUAUAUUCGUGCACUGGUGAAAUAUGUUACAUGUACGUUGCAUAAGAACAAUAAAAACUACAAAAUAUAUUGCACCAAUCUUUCCUCUAUUGACAGUUAAACAAAUUAUACAUAAGAAGCAAAAUUUAAUACCACUUUACAAGCAACAAACAAUUAAUACAAUUACAGUAAUGAACUAACCCAAUUUUUUGUCGUGCGCCGGUAUUACGUUACUAAGGUAACUUAAUGACAAUUCUUUUUCACGACACGCCGGUUACUCGGAUUUUUUUUUUUUCUUAUUUGAGACAGAUUUCCCCUUCAAGUGAUACAUAAUUCAUUUGUUUUUAUUAAUAACUCUCGACAAUAAUUACAGUGCACGAAUUUUUUGGACAACCCUCGUAUAAUAUACAGUAGGCAUUUUCAGGAAUCGUAACACCUCCAAAAUAGUUAUGUGGCCAACACAUGGAAAAGUAAAAAACAUUAAUAGAACUUGUGUAUAAAAAUUUAUUAUUGAAGAGGAUGUAAAAUAUUUUAUUAAUUAUGUUCCAAUUUAACUAUCAUUGUACAAUUCUUUAUCAUGUGACAAAAAUGAUUGAAAUAAAUUCUUUUAUGAAAAAAAC